CAGCCCCUCUUGUCUCCCAAUGCUCAAUUUCAGGACCCACAUUGUAUUUCAGAAUCCCCUGUUGAACAGGAAUUGCUAGACUAUGGUCUUCUCACUGGAGAAGACUUGGACCUUAUGACUGAUGGAAUUGAUCUGCCAAAUCUUGGACCGAAUUUCCACAGUCUUGAAGCAUUGCUUGAUUCUGUUGACCAUUUUGGCGCAUAUAAUGCUGCUACCAGUUUGGGCUCACAUCCACUCACCUCAUAUGAAGCCCAUCACCUCCCACAUGACCCAGAACAGCACACAUUAAAUUGGCAAAUUGAAGGUGCUUUUGAAGCAGUUCAAAAUGAGGGUGGUAAUGAGCAUGGUUUUGAUGAUUUAGACAUUGAUGUUGAUGGAACAUUUGAUCAUCAAAACGAGGACAACAACAACCUUGUAAUAACACCUAUGAAUCUGGAUGAGGAUGACCCCAAUCCAUUUAUGCCGGAGGAUGGUUUCAACUCAACACAUGACAGGGACCUCACAGAUGUUACACCUCAUCUGAUCACUAUAUACACGCUGGUC